AUGGCUGCUCCCUUGACUUUGCCAGCCAUCCAGGACCAUUAUGGCCAGCAGCCACCGUACCAGAGAGGUUAUCCGCCACAGGACCCGCGUGGCGACCCGCGUGGCGACCCGCGUGGCGACCCCAGAGGCGACCCCAGAGGCGAUCCUCGUGGUGACCCUCGCGCAGACUCUCGAGCCGGCAACUACGAUGCCUCGCCUAGCUCCGUGAACGGCUAUCCUCCGCCACGUCCACCUCCAGGACCAGGAGCCCACCCCACCCAACUCCCACCGCUUCAGCCUCCCGGUCCUCGGUCUCCCACCUACCCUCCCUCGGAACCGAGAGAGGAUUAUUACCGCGACCGCCAGCCCCCGCCGCCUCACUAUCCCGAUCCGUACCACCAAGACUACCACCGCGGAGGGCCUCCCCCGCCUCCUGGAGCACGGUAUCCCGAGUACGGCCCCCCACAGCCCGGCCAGGGCAUGCCUAGGUAUGAAUACGGUCAUCCUGCAGCGGGCGGGCCUCGAUGGGACUAUCCCCCAGGUGCCGUGGCACUACCCCAGGCUGCACCAAGACAGCGGACGUCCAUUGCCUGCAGAUACUGCCGGAAGAGAAAGAUUCGUUGCAGUGGCUAUCAGAGCGCGCCAGGAGGCAAAUGCGUGAACUGCAGCAGGAUGAACCAGGAGUGCAUCUUCCAACCUGUGUCCUCUAGCAGCUCAACAGCGUUCAUUCCCGUUUCCGCCGUGCCAGGGCGGAGUUCCACCCGGCACACGCUCUAUGGGGCGUAUGGGCCAACCCCUUCCGCCGAGCUCGAUGCCGCCUCACCACCAUCCCCAGCAGCCAAACAUGCUUGGGCGGCUCAACCGCGCCCCCGGGUCUGGUCGAGGCCGCUGAUGGACGACAGGAAGGCAGCUGUGCCGAAGACCAGUCCUUGCUUGGACUGGACCAAAGCCCGGCGCAUGUAG